AUGGCCCCUGAUAAGAGAGAAAAGAAGCGCAAGGCGCCCGCCGUCAGCGAUCCGCCCGCCAAAAAGACCAAGAAGGUCGAGGCCAAAGCCGCCGAGGCCACCAAGAGCGAUGCUCCCAAGCCAAUUCUGAAGAAGAAGGAGAACGGCGCCGUAAAGGCCACCAAGACGAAGGCCGCCCCCAAGACCGAUGGCGAGUCUGCUCGCCAAGUCAAGCCUCGCAAGCGCGCUUCCGACUUCCUCAGCGACGAGGAGAAUGACGAGCCUGCCGCUCCCGCACCCAAGAAGGCCGCAAACAAGAAGUCUAAGAAAGAAGACACUGCUUCUGCCCCCGUUGCUAAGAAGGCUGCCGCCAAGGUCAAGAAGGUAGAGGUGCCUGCGGAGUCUGACGAGGACGAUGAAGAAGAGGUCCUGUCUAUGCCUUCGGAGAGCGAGGAGGAGAUUGACGAUGCCGAGGAUGACCAGACCGCUGCUCUCAUCAAGGGCUUUGAGAGCAGUGGCGACGAAGAUGAGUCGGGCGACGAGGGCUUCAACCCCGAUAAGCCUGUUCCCAAGAUUCCCGACACCACGAAGGCACAGAAGAAGAUCGCGAAGCAACAGAAGGGCAAUGCCCCCGAGGAGCCUGGCACUGUCUACAUUGGUCGUAUUCCCCACGGUUUCUACGAGCACCAGAUGCGCGCCUAUUUCUCCCAGUUCGGCGACAUUACCCGUCUUCGUCUUUCUCGCAACCGCCUCACCGGCCGGUCCAAGCACUACGCAUUCGUGGAAUUCUCCUCCGUCACUGUUGCUAAGAUUGUCGCCGAGACCAUGGACAACUACUUGAUGUACAGCCAUAUCCUGAAGUGCAAGUAUGUUCCGGCGGAGCAGCUUCACCCCGAAGUCUGGAAGGGAGCCAACCGGCGAUUCAAGAAGACUCCGUGGAACCGCAUCGAGAAGAAGAGACUUGAGAAGGGCAAGAGCCGUGAGCAGUGGACCAAGCGCAUUGACCAGGAGCAGCGCAAGCGCCAGGCCAAGGCCGACAAGCUCAAGGCUCUCGGCUACGAGAUUGAUCUGCCUCAGCUCAAGAGCGUGGAUGAUGUCCCUGUCCAGGAACCCAAGGCUAUUGAGGCUUCCGAGACACCGGCUGAGGAGCCCGUGAAGGCCGUCGAGGCCCCCGUUGCCAAUGAAGAUACCCCCAAGGCCAAGAAGGGCAAGAAGGCGGACAAGGAGACACCCAAGCCGGAGUCUGCUGUGGAGUCGCCUGCGGCCACCAAGACCACGAAGAAGGUUAAGAAGGCUACCAAGACCAAGGCGUAA